UCCCAUUCUGCCAUGGCCACCACCAAGGCGUGGUGAAAAAGUUCACGACACUGUUCACCGGCCACUGACAGGGCCUUCUCAUAGAGAACUAGGAAGGCUUCGCGUCGCAUCAGACUAGCCGCAGGUCCUGCUGGGUUCAUUCCGCGCUGUCCGAUGAAGCCCGCGCGUGCGGUCGCAGUCCGCGCACUGCAAUGCCUUUCACAAGCACCCGACCACGGUGGCAGGCACGCCAGCUGCCCACCGGAGCAGUAGCCCAUGGCCCACGUCGUCUCCAAGGCCUACCAUGGACCACGCUACGCUGCCUCAGCAAGCCCGCGAAGUGUGGCACCUGGACGCCGCGCGUGCUGACGAGAAUCGCACUGCAGCCCGAGAUCCAGCCCAACCACGGCAUGGGCCGUUGGAGACGCAAUGUCCGCCACUCUGGGUCCGCCAGGAGGCAGGACGUCACUGGUAGCCACGAUGAAGCGAGCGACGGAUGCAGGAUGCAGCGCGAAGACAGGGGGCCUUCCAAAGGGACUCGAAAAAAUGAUAAGGGACCGCUGCGUAACCCCAAGGCACGCGCGCGCAAAGUGUUGCCUACCCUCACGGCGCGCGCCGCUCGUAGACGCCGCUGUUGGACGCUGUCUUACCGGAGCCCACCGCGAAGCUACGACGAACCGUGGCGGCAUGACACAUCGCUAGUGAGGACCUUCUUGACCGUGGCCAACACCAAGCUGCAGCGCCAGUCGGUCGCCCCCUGCCCCCUCCUACAGGAGCGUCAUCGUCCUGCUCUCCGAGACGGCGUGUCGUGCAUAGCGGGGGUCCAGCACCUCUCUGCUGGUGGACCAGCAGGUUGCUCUGGAGAACAGUCUCCAGCUAAUAAUAAAAUGAACCUUCAAUGA